AUGGUUCAACUUGAGAGCCUUCCCGUCGAAGUCAUGGGCGUUGUCCUGAAGAACCUUGCGUCGCCCGAAGACCUGGCCUCCCUGAUCCAUGCCUCACCACGCGCUCUAGCAGCUAUGCAAAGCGACCGUCGACGAGUUCUGUCGACCGUCAUCCAUAAUAAUCUACCAGAGGAGGUGCUGAGAGAGGCUUACAGCGUACUCCGAUGUCCGGUCCUCGAAAACGGUGAUGGAUUCUUCCAGUCCAGAACCACGAACCCUGUCUCUCCCGAAAGGCAGACGAAAUGGGAGCAGAAAGUGAGCAAAUUCAAGCACUGGUACUUCAGCUCAGCUACCGUUGACCUUGGGUUUCCACGAGAAACUGCCCAAAUUGUCGCCGUCUGUCGAAUGAGGGCUGUUAUCAACGCGCUUGUCUCUGACCUCGUCUAUUACACCAAAACUUUGUCUCUUUCAGAUGAGGAACAGCCUGAAUUGCAGGAUUUGAGAAAAGCUCAAUCAUUCCCUGUGACGAGUCGGGAGUUGAGCCGAAUACAAAUUUCAUUUUUCAGGUACGAGCUUAUCUGUCGAUUAUACGGAUUGCCAUACUUGCAACAGUUUUCCAUUCAAAAGGUGCCCUUCUUCGAUAACCAUGAAGCCCACUUGAAGCACUUUUUGGGUUACUUUCCUGCUCUUUAUGUGGAACAACUGGGACACAUUCAUGACUAUGUCUGCUCAAAGUAUACACUGGCCUUCAAAGAAGUAAAUGAAGAUGCGACUGGCGUGUUUCAACGCAUUCAGAUCCAGCGAGACCGACAUCAAAUAGCAGAUGCUGCUGUGCUCUUGCAGAAAGACGGCCCAAGCUUUUUCACUCAUGGAAAUGACCCAGUCUUCGAAAUUCCUGGUCGUCCAAAAAAGAACACGCGUAUCAACACGUAUGUUGCCAACCUCGCCAAACUUGGACUUGGGUCACUGCAAGCUUUUGUCAAGAACGGUCGCUUAUCAAGACGGCGGUUCAUCGUCGAGACAUUUGAAAUUAUGCUUCCGCGGGCUAGAGUUUCACAUCACAAGCUAUGUGCGCUUCAAAGUUUCCCAGACUCCGAAGCUAUUUUUAUGUCGAGACGCCUGCAGCGUUACAUUCGAUAUCUAGAACCUCCUGAUGAGGAAUGGGCCAAAGGACGCAGUGUCAUAUGGGACGCAUGCAGAAGGUUGGAAAACGGCAAACCCUGUCAUCCCUUUCUUAUCGAAUAUCGUACACCCAAGAUCGACGACCUUCGCAAAUUGAGCUGGACAUUUUGGGACCUCAAUCGGCUCAAGGGAUUGGGCAUUGUCGAGAGCUUCUCGACCGAGACUCACGUGGUCUUCAAUAAAGACUUGAAAGUCCGAGAGAACUACGAGGAGAAGAUAUCCCGAGACUCUGGAUAUGAGAUACUGAAAGGCAAGGUGUCUCAAGACAUGUGGGAGAACGAAUUCGUUCCUCAAUUCUGCACCGGUUCCAGUGAUGAACCUAACGAUAUUGACGAGUACUGCCGACUUCUUCAGCUCAUCCUGAGGCAAGCUGAAGAUUCCCAGAUUGGCAGGACACCAUUAACCGGGGGCUAG